AUGGAAUCAGAUGGAAGAUAUGUUGCACAAAGAUGUGCAGUAGUUACAGGUGCAAACAAAGGUAUUGGAUUGGAGAUAGUGAAGCAACUGGCGUCUUUAGGCAUCGCGGUUGUCUUAACAGCGAGAAAUGAGACAAGGGGAAGGGAUGCCGUAGCAAAGCUCCAUCAGAUAGGUUUGUCAAAUGUGGUAUUUCAUCAGCUGGAUGUUUUGGAUGCUCUCAGUAUUGAGUCAUUGACCAAGUUCAUCAGGCAACAAUUUGGCCGGCUUGACAUUUUGAUUAAUAAUGCAGGAGCAUCAUGUGUAGAAGUAGAUAAGGAGUGUCUAAAGGCCUUGAAUGUGGAUCCUGCAACUUGGUUGUCAGGUGAGGUUGACAACACCUUGUUUCAAGGUGUUAUUGCACAAACUUACGAGAAGGCGGAAGAAUGUUUAAAUACCAAUUACUAUGGUGUCAAAAGAGUAACAAAGGCUCUCCUUCCCCUGCUACAAUUAUCAUCUGCAAAGGCAAGGAUAGUGAAUCUCUCUUCUCUCAGGGGUGAGUUAAAGAGGAUUCCAAAUGGGAGGAUAAGAAAUGAACUUGGGGCUGUAGAGGAACUAUCUGAAGAGAAAAUAGACACCAUAGUAAAGAAAUUUCUGUAUGAUUUUAAAGGAAAUGCUCUUGAAGCUAAUGGGUGGGGUAUGAUGCUUCCAGCAUACAGCAUCUCCAAGGCCAGUCUCAAUGCCUACACAAGAGUUCUUGCAAAGAAUAAUCCUCGCAUGCUCAUUAACUGUGUUCAUCCUGGCUUUGUAAGCACUGAUCUCAACUGGCACAAAGGCACAAUGACAGUAGAUGAGGGUGCUAGAGGCCCAAUCAUGCUCGCCCUUUUACCAGAGGAAGGUCCUACAGGUUGCUAUUUUGAUUGCACUGAAUUAGCAGAAUUUUAA